AUGGCGCGUCCCUCUUUAAUGGGGAUCCCCAUCGAGCUUCGCGAGCGGAUUUACAAAUACCUCCUUACACAUACCCCCACCUCAUCCUCCACACUCGCCCCAGCGUCGCACAUCUGCGCUCUUCUUACCCUAAACCAUCAGAUCCACGCCGAAAUCAUCUCAUUCCUCCAAUCGCAACUUCUUGUGCUUCUCAAAACAAACGACAAGGACUUCAUCUCCAAAACGCUCGACACGGACUCUACCGCCGUGCCAUUCAUUUCGCAGCUGCGCUCUGGUAAUUUGACCAUCAUUAAGACCGCCAACAAUUCUCACAUUGCAAUCUCCAAAACGCCCCACACCUCACGGGAAUCUAUCGCCAUGCCAUUCGUUUCGCAGCUGCGCUCUCGGGAUCUGACCAUCCAAAAAAACGCAUCUAAGGCUCCCAUUGCAAUGGAGUUGAACUAUUACAUAUUCAUGCCCGAUAAAGAGCUGGACAGUUACGCUGCGUUCCUUGUCCCUGCGUCGAGCCUGAAGGCAAUGGUGGGUGCGCAGGACAGUCAACCAUUCUACACGUGCAUCAGGCAAGCCCUGCUUUCCGUCAACCUGCUCGAAACGUUCCCACAUACAAGGGAUCAAGCCCAGAAGCUACUGCUGCGACCAUAUAUCGACGGAUUCUCGCGACCGUUUUUCUUGGGCAUAAAGACACAAGGCGUAGCCGCCGAGAUGACCAAACUGCUACGCCUGAAGCUGGAAGGCAACUACGAGGCCAUAGGGCGCCUGGACAUACUUAGAAAAAUUACGCUGUACGAAGCCGUAAACGGAGCGGACGGGGCUGAAGUCGACUGGGGCGCAGCAACGGGAAGAUUCCGCAUGGCGAUACGCUAUGCGGAGCUGCUGUGGGAAAAUCACCAAAAUUGUCUUGCUACUGCUCCUUUUGAUGGUAUUCACCGUUUGUGGUUGAUUCACAGUAACGUGUGCGCGGAUCUUGUGCAGGUGAUGCUCGAUGCGGCGGCUGGGACGCCUGGUGCCAAUGGAGCGUUCGCAAAUGCAAGAAGGGCCGCUGAACAGGCGAUCGAGUUUCUAGGUCCGAGGCCCGGAUGGGGGACGCCAAAGACAGCUGGGGUGGUGCGGGCGCUGACUGCGCUGAGGAAGAGCAAGGCGAACAUCAGUGUCAUAGCGCAUAAGGCAUGUAAGGGCAUGGGAGAUGUGGAUGCGGCUGUGGGAUAUCUCAGGGAGGCAUUGAAGUACGAACCGGAGACUAGUGAGAUGCUGUUAAAACAAAUUGAGGAACUGAAGGAGGAGGGUGCAGGGGAUGGAGAGGACAUACAGGGGGUAAUCAAGUGGGUGUAG